CUUUGACAAACAAAGGUACUUGGCAAUCAUUCUGUGACAAGGGCGGCAAUUGUGACAAGGAGGUGAGGAGAUGCAGUGAGGAUAAAAGGGUUGAAGACAGCAACAGUUGUGGGUUGCUGUGCUGUCCCGUUGAAGGACGAGAGCGACAUAACGUAACGAUAUCUUGUGUGAUUGGUGGAGUGACGGCCAUGUCAGCGUCGGCUUGUGUGCACUGCGGGUGUGUGGAGCUCGACUACAGCACUUCUCGGGGCGAUUUGACGUGCACCAACUGCGGUGCAGUGCUCGAGGAGAAUGCUGUGGUCAACGAGGUGUCGUUCGGCGAGAGCAGCUCGGGCGCCGUCCACGUCGUCGGCCAGUUCGUGUCUGCUUCGGGCUCCCGGCCCUUCAGCUCAUCCAUUGGAGCAUUCGGCCAGCGAGACCAGCGGCAGGCCACCCUCGAGAGGGGCUACAGGAGGAUACAGCAGGUGGCCGGCCAGCUGCGCCUCCCACAAAGCUUUAUCGAGACGGCCAACCGCCUCUUCAUGCUGGCUAACCAGCGCAACUUCACCAAGGGGCGGCGGACGCGCCACGUGGCUGCCGCGUGCCUGUACACGGUGUGUCGACAGCAGGAGGCCCCACAGAUGCUCAUCGACUUCGCCGACGUGCUGGAGACCCCUGUCAAGAACCUUGGCCAGAUCUUCAUGAAGCUGAUCCGGCUGCUUCGCGUGAGCAUCCCGCUCAUCGACCCGUCCUUCUUCAUGGAGCGGUUCGCCUCCCGGCUGCCCAUGGACAACGACAUGGACAGCCAGAAGGUCCACAAGGUGGCCGCCACCGCCACCCGCCUCAUACAGGCCAUGAAGAGGGACUGGAUCUGCACCGGCAGACGACCCACGGGGCUCUGUGGCGCCGCCCUACUCAUCUCGGCCCGCUACCACGGCCACAAGAUCGCUGCUGACGACAUCGCCAAGGUCGUCCGCAUAUCGGGCACCACCAUCCGCAAGCGCCUCUAUGAGUUCCGCAAGACACCCACCGCCCGCCUCACACGCGAGCAGUUCGAAGUCACCGACCUGCAGCAGCUGCCCAUCGAGACACUCCCGCCAUGCCUCAAGUCAGACCAUCUCAAGAGGGAGGAGGGGAAGCUCGAGGCCAUCAAGGACGAGGACGACCCGGGCCAGCUUACACUGGAGGGUGGGGCCGCAGUCCAGCCAUUGGCCGUCAUGGAUGGCAACGGCCCCUUUCCUCCGUCGGUCAAGGCCGAGGCGUCUCUGUCGGGCGUGGCUCCUGCAGAUGGCGAGGGGGACCUGUUUGACGAGGGCGCUAAUGACGAGGGCGUGGGUCCACCAUCAUCGGCAUCGGCCGCAUCCUUCGGCCCUGUGAGGGUCAAGGGCGAGAGGGGGCCGUCCACGACCACGGGGGUGGCGCCUGGGUCGGUGCAGCUGCAGGUGGAUGCACUGCGGCUGUCGGGUGACAACCCAUCUGCAGCUGACAUCGACGAGAUAGCCAAGUCGGUCAGCCAGGCCCUGGAGGCCGCCAGUGUGAGUGGCACCGGCAGGCGGCGCGUGCGGUCGUCACAUCCGUCAUCAAGCAAGCCGCCCAAACAGGAGGAGCCGCUGCUGGGGGCAGGUCUGACCGACCUACUGGACCAGCUGCUGGCAACCACCGACAAGGCGGAUGACCGGCAGCCUGCAGACGGCGACGAUGCCGCAUGGGGUGAGGUGUACGAGGAAAAGGAUGAGGUCGUGGAUGAGGAGGUCCAGGGGGAGGGGGGUCAGCGGCGGGGUCAGCGGCGGGCGGUGCGGCAGCGCAUCAAGCGUGACACCGACAUUGAUGGGGACGAGGGAGAGGAGCAGGAUGACGAUGAGAUGGGUGGCGUGGCGGGUGCGUCGUCCGUGCGGACCGAUGUGGUGGAGACGCUCAGUGACGUCGGCAGCGAUGAGAUAGCGGGGGAGAUUUUGACGGCUGCCGAGCGUCAGGCCAAGGAGGCCGUGUGGCAGGAGAUCACCAAGGAUUACUGGGAGCAGUGGGAGGCCUCCCAGGAGCACAAGCGCAAGAAGAAGAGGGAGCACACCGACAGGGUGCGGGCCGAACUGCGCAAGCAAGGCCUUCCGGCAACAGACAAGGACGUCGAGGCUGCCAUAGCGGCCAAGAGGCGCAAGACGGCCGGUGCCAGCUAUCCUGAGGCUGAGUCGGCCGCCCACUCAGUGCAGAUGGCGCUCGAGAGGAAUGCGAGGGGCAUGUCGGCCAAAGUCAACGUCAGCACCCUGGAGAGUCUCUUCGGGCCUGGCAGCGGGGAACCGAUUGCAUAUGAAUGAAUGAAUGAAGAGAGACAUGAAUGAGUCAAUCAAUGAAGCAAUAAGUGAAUGACACAUAUGCAGACAAUGCACAUCGAUUGGAUCGAUGGACGGCGUACGCCGUCAAUAAGAUUAACCUUUUUUCUAAUGCGG